AUGUUUGCGGCUCGCCGCCGAAGCGUGACCGCACACCUGCUCAAAAAAGGAAGGCCCGGUUGGAGCCACGGGGCUCACGUGCUCGCUCGGGGCGCCGCCUCACUCUGCGCCACUUUUGAGGCGUUGGCGAGGGCCGCGCACACGCUGGCCACAACAAUGUCGCAGUCGCUGCUCGACAACUGGAGCGACGAGGGCUGCGCCGCGGCCAUCUCUGAGGCGGCGGCGUCGCCGGCCGACCCGUCCGCGCCCAACCCGCUCAAGGUGGUCCUGCACGACCUCUCCUCCGCCGUCGUGCGCGGCGCGCUCGAGCCGGAGCGGCUCGUGACGGUGCUCUCGGACGCGGCGCUGGUCGACCGGGCGCUGCUGCCGCGGGUGCAGUCGGACCUGGCCGACAUCUUCUGGUUCCUCGGCCUCCGCAUCGAGGCCGAGAAGAGCGACGAGGACGGCGACGGCGCCCCAAAGCAGCAGCUGCUCGCUCUCUCGCUGAUCGGCUACUUUGACCUCGACCCAAACCGCGUCCUCGACCUCGCGCUCGAGGCGGUGCCGUCCCGCGCGUCGCACCGGUCGCUGUACCUGCCGCACGUCCUCGGCUUCAAGUUCCAGUUCUACAAGGGCGAGGCGGAGGCGGAGGCGACGCCCGCACACUCGUCGCGCGCUGCGGAGGGGUGA